AUGCGGCUGUACGUCGUCCGCCACGCGCAGAGCGCUAACAACGCGCUCGCGCACCCCUCGCUGAUGAACCCCGACCGCGACAGCGACCCCUCCCUCACGGAGGUGGGAUUCAAGCAAGCCGAGUGCGUCGCGCGAUUCCUCAAGGAGGAGUACGGCGCAGGCGCCGAGAGGUGCGCGGUGGAGAACCGCAUCGGACGUUUGUACUCGUCGCCCAUGCGCCGGUGCAUGCUGACCUCCGCCCCGAUAGCCAGGGAGCUGGGCCUGGACAUCACCGUCCGGGGGGACAUCUUCGAGCACGGCGGGUGCUUCGAGGGGAGCGCGGACGGAGCGGUGAAGGGGAGGCCCGGGAUGGGGACGGAGCAGCUCGAACGAGAGUUUCCGGGGUGCGUGGUGCCCGCGGAGCUGGAUAAGGGGUGGUGGAAGGAGAGCAGGGGGGUGGAGACCGUCGAGGAGGCGCAGGAGAGGAUCGCCGGCGUGGUGAAGUGGCUGUGGGAGCUGGCGGAGGCGUCCGAACCUCGAGACGGCGCCGUGUGCAUCGUGGUGCACGGCAUGUUCAUCGACAUCCUCUGCAAGCAACUCGCGGGCGCGCGAAUGUCGGUUGGAAAGCAAAGCGCCAUGUUCUGCACCAACAACGCGGGCGUCCACGCGUUCGAACUCCUCGUCGCGCCGGAGGGAAACAUCGCGGGCAUGCUCCGGUUCAACCAGGUGGAUCACAUACCGGUGGAGCUGCAGACGGGCGGCAGCGUGGAUGGGCUGGACGAGUGUUACAUGAACGAGGGAUCCGCGUAGGCUGACUCCGCUGACUACUGGCGCUGGCUUUCGUCACUCAUCCUCUCCUGCAUUUAUGGUAGCCAUUGAAUAGCGUUCAACUAGGAACUCCCGUUGAAAGAUUCGCUAACGUAUCGAUUC